AUGUACUGUCUUUGUUAUUCCUUAAAUAGUGACUAUGGAUUUGAUCCAUUGGGACUUGGGGAAGUGCCAGCGAACUUGGAACGUUUUCGAGAGGCCGAACUUCUGAAUGCUCGCUGGGCGAUGCUUGGUGUUGCUGGUUGCUGGGGUGUUGAAGCAGGAGGUUUUGGUACCUGGCAAGAGGCUCCACUGGCAGCCCAACAAUCUUGGGGAGGGAUUGAUCUACCGAUUUCUAACAUGUCUACAUUGGUUGGAUUCGAAAUUUUGCUGAUGGCUUUUGCAGAACAACAGAGAAUUUCAGAGACAGAUGUAUCUAAACGAAUGUAUCCAGGAGGUUCCUUCGAUCCAGCUGGGUUAUCAAAGGGCGAUGGCUUCGAAUCUUUAAAACGCAAAGAGAUCGCAAAUGGAAGACUUGCUAUGGUAGCUUUUCUUGGGAUCUUGGCUCAGAAUCAAGCAUACCCAGAUGGUCUUGGACCAGUACAAGCGCUCUUGAACCAUGUGGCAGAUCCUUGGCAUGUGAAUGCAGCUUCGAACUCCCUCGCUGUUCCGUGGAUUUAG